AUAAUAAUAAUCUUGACUUAGAAAUUAGAUUUUUAAUGAACAAAUUUAAUAAAUUAUCUUUAGCACAUUCGGUAUUUCGAAGUUUUAAACAACCGAAAAACCAGUUCUUAAACGAUAUGACACGUAGAAAUUACAGUCUUGCUGCUCCGGUUUCAAAAUCACCGGUUGUCCCAUAUCCCGUUGAUACUUCUGUUGGACCCAUGUAUCGUUAUCAAAAAUUUCUUCCAAAACUUCCUGUGCCUUCACUUUCCGAGACAUUCGAGAAAUACUUAAUGUCAGUUAAACCUCUGGUGAAUGAAGAAGAAUUUGAAAAUACAAAAAAAGCCGUUGAAGAUUUUCUGAAACCUGGAGGGAUUGGCGAGGAAUUACAAGAUCGUCUAUUGAAUAAAGCUAAUAAUCCUAAAGUGAUUAAUUGGCUUGAAGAUUGGUGGAAUGAACUAGCAUAUUUUGGUUAUAGGGAUCCCGUUUGUGUAUAUGUGAGCUAUUUCUAUGCUUACAAAGACGACAAACUUCGAAAAAAUCCUGCUACUCGAGCUGCUUCAAUUGUAACGGCUGCUUUGGAUGGAAAACAAUUGUCUACUGUCGAAAUAGAAAGUUUAUUCAAAAAAAUUUAUGAGAUGGCUGGUGAUACUAAAGAUCCUCCAGUUGGAGCACUCACCUCUGAAAAUAGAGACAACUGGACAGACUAUCGAAAUUUAUUAUUAUCGGUUAAUCCUAAAAAUGAGCAAUUACUUAGGAAGAUAGAAAGUUCUGCUUUCGUUGUCUGUCUAGACGACACCUCACCUAUCACACAUGAAGAAAUAAGCCAUUCUUGUUGGGUUGGUGAUGGUCGCAAUCGAUUCUUUGACAAACCUUUACAAUUUAUUGUUUUUGAGAAUGGGAAAGCCGGAUUCUGUGGAGAGCAUUCUUCUAUGGAUGGAAUGCCGACACAUCGAUUGAAUGAUUUUAUUUGUGAUGUGAUUGCCAGAAAUAAAAUUGAUCACGGUGAACCAAACAUUCGUUUUAAACUUCCUCAACCAGAACAACUUAAUUUUAUUUUGAACAAUGAUGCUCUUAAAGCAAUUGCAAGUGCUGAAAAAAAUUUUGAUUCCCUUGUUUCUAAGCAUGAUCUUCGCGUAUUAGUAUAUCAAGGAUAUGGCAAAAAUGGUAUCAAAAAGUUAGGAUUUUCACCGGAUGCGUACGUACAAAUGAUCAUUCAAUUAGCAUAUUAUAAAAUGUACGGAGUUAGUAGAUCUACUUAUGAAAGUGCUCAGACCAGAAAAUUUGCUCACGGCAGAACUGAAGUAUGUCGAACUGUUUCUGUUGAUUCAGUAGCGUGGGUCAAAUCCAUGGAAGAUCCUAAUGCCACAUUCGAGACUAAAAUCGAGUUAGGUCGUAAGGCAAUUGCUUCUCACGUAAAAUAUAUGUCCGACGCUGUUGACGGACGUGGUUGUGAUCGACACUUGCUUGGUCUUCGUAUGUCUUUGAAAUCGGGUGAGGAAAAACCAGAAAUCUUUAAUGAUAUAGCAUUUUCACGAUCUUCACAUUGGAAUUUGUCAACAUCUCAACUUUCAUCAGAAUACUUUGAUGGAUAUGGAUGGGGAGAAGUGGUGCCAGAUGGAUAUGGUAUUGCAUACCAAGUUAAUGCAAAUAGUUUACAUUUUAACAUAGUAUCGAUGCAUUUGAAUAAUCAUCAUAUGCGGCAUUAUCUUAAUGAAGCAGCAAAUGAAAUGAAACAAUUAUUUGAGUAUGCACAAGUAAAGGAAGGUCGCGUUCCUUCCAAACUAUAA